AUGUCAACACCAAACGGAGAAGAGAUACCCUCCGGGGACCAGUUACCCUCCGGGGAACAACAGAGUGAACAGACCCAAGAACCGACGAGAACGUCAGAUAGGGUAAAGGUUCAAACACAAAAGGGACAACAACAUCUUCAAGAAAAUAUUAAAAAAUAUAGAGAAAAACUUCUUCACAUAGAAAAUAGAAUAAGAUCAAGUAUUCAAGAAUGUACAAGUCCUUCAUGUUCAAAAGAACUUUCAGUGCUAAUCUCAAUCCGCGAUAAGGUUGAGAAAAACUUUGAAAUUUAUACACAUGUAUAUAAGGAAAGUCAGGAUUACAUGAACAGACACAAUUACAGUGAUAGUGAGAGAAUUCUGAUAGAUAACAGUUAUAGACUAGUUAGUCAAGAUACAGAAUCAUGUUUGACAAAACUCAGUGAGACCAUAAGAUCAUUGGAAGAGGAGGUAAAUACUGUAAGUGGUCGGAUGUCAUCAGCUAGCAUCAGAUCGUUACAGAGAGUGGAGGAAGCCAAAACCAAACUAAAGAAUGCAGAGAAGGUUGCAGAGCUAAAACGUCAGAAAUCAGAGCUACAAUUUGAAGAACAAUUACAUGCUGCAAAACUGAAACGAGAGCAGGAAUCCUUAGACACACAACUAGAAUUACUUAAACAUCAAGAGGAGGUUGAGAUCGCAGAAACAAGAGUGAAAUUCGAAAUGGGUGAAGAAGAAAGGAGUUGUGUUGAUCUAGGAUUACCGAAAGUAGGAGGGUUUGAGAAAUCUAAAACUUUUAUAAAGAACUUACCUCUUAAUCCUCAAGCAGAAAAGUUUGUUCCACAGUUGGAUAAAACUCUGCCUUCCAUGUCAACAACAUGUGUUCCAGAAACUUUACAACAACCGUAUAAUCCACAACUAGUGCGACCAGCUAUUAAUCCACCACGACCCAUACUGGCAGCUUAUCCUCGACAUCCUAUGCAGUUGACAUACCCACCGCAACCUAUGCCAUCUAUGUACGCACCUCAGACUCCUCGGCCUAUGCAUCCUAUGUACUCGGCAUACACUCCGCGACCAAUGCAGCCAAUGUACACACAGCCAACGCCCUCUAGUGCACAACCUGUGGUAUCGCAACCGAUGUACACACAGCCAACGCCCACUAGUGCACAACCUGUGAUAUCGCAGCCUAGUUUGGAAUCUGGGAAUAUACAUUCACACAGUAACAUUCAACCUCAACAGUUUUCAUCUGUGCCGUCAACUGUCAUUCCUACAACUACUAGUGCUACCGGUAAUUUCAUGAACAGUUAUAUGAUGAAGAAAGACUUGAUCUCACAAAGACUUAGAAAGUAUGAUGAUGAUCCUUCAUCUUAUAAUCUAUGGAAAGGCAGCUUCAAGAGUAUAGUGUCAGAAGCCACGCUAAGUCCCCUUGAAGAGAUAGACUUACUCUUAAGAUGGUUAGGACCUGACUCAACAGUCCAAGCUACGAGAAUUAGAAGAGCGAAUCCUUGUGAUACUGGUGCUGCACUUAACAGGAUCUGGCAAAGGUUAGAUGAACGAUAUGGAUCACCUGAACUGAUCGACUCAAAGCUACAAAGUGAACUAAAAAAAUUUCCAGUCUUACAGAUACCAAAGGACAAAACGUUGUUAUACAACCUAGUCGACCUCUUGGGGGAAAUAGAGUGUAACAAGAACAAUCCUCAGUAUUCACUACUGUUGUCUUAUUACGAUACACCAGUCGGCAUCAAUCCUAUUGUGUCUAAGCUACCAGAAAACCUACAGAACAAAUGGCGUGACAGAGCUGUGAAAUUUAAAAUAAAACAUAACAUUCCAUUUCCACCGUUCAAGGAAUUAGUAAAAUUUAUUCAUGAACUCAGUGUUUCCUUGAAUGAUCCGGGCUUUGUGUUUGAUACUUCAUCUCCAUUCGCAGGAAAGGAUAAACCAAAACUCACCAAGAAACCCACCUCUGUCGUAUCAAAGAAAACGGAUGUUCACACAGGAAGUGAUGAAAAUCCUAAGAAAGGAUCAUGUCCUUUGCACCCCAAUGCUAUCUCGCAUUUCCUUGAUGAAUGUCAACUCUUCAUGAAGAAGCCAAUGGAGGAACGCCGUAGAUAUGUGUUAGAAAACAAACUUUGUUUCAAGUGCUUAAGAACUAACUGUCACACAAAGAGACAAUGUACAGAAAGAAUCAAAUGUAAAGAAUGUGGAAGUAACAAUCAUGUUACUGCUAUGCAUGUUUCUUACAAGAGGAAACUUCAGGACAGCUGCUCCCAAACAGCCCACGGCGGGGAGACUGGUUUGAUUAAAGUGGAUUCAAAAUGUACAACAGUAUGUAAUGAAUUCAAUGGACGCUCCUGUGCAAAAACUGUCUUAGUACGAGUGUACUCAGAAGAACAUCCGGAAACAUCUGCGACAGUGUACGCAAUGAUCGAUGAACAUUGCAAUCGCACACUGGCAUCAAGUGAACUAAUGGAUACCUUGGGUGUACAAGGAAAUGAACUUAUGUAUAAUUUGUCUUCAUGUUCUGGAAAGGAACACGCCCUUGGUCGCCAAGCCUAUGGUUUCAUAGUGGAGUCUCUAGACUCAUCAACAUCACUGAGAUUACCUACCCUCAUUGAGUGCAGAAGUAUUCCACAAGAUGUGUCUGAGAUACCUACCCCUGAGAUUGCGGAACAGUAUCCACAUCUUCGUGGCAUCUCGUCAGAAAUUCCUAAAUAUGAUCCUAAACAUCACAUUGGACUUUUGAUAGGACGCGAUUUGACAGAAGCGCACCAUGUUUUUCAACAAAUUAUUGGACCCAAAGACAAUCCGUUUGCACAGAAAACAUGCUUUGGAUGGGUCAUAAUUGGAAAUGUGUGCUUGGACGGAAAACACUUACCUAUGCUGGACAAUCCGUCAGAUAUAACCAUAACAAGUUUUAAAACUUCUGUAUUACCUAGCGGACGAUCUACGAUCUUCCAACCAUGUGACAAGGAGUUGAAAAUAUUGGAGAGAGAUUCAGGUCAAGACAUAGAUAUUUUCAAGAGAAGACAUGACGAUAAUAUCAUUGGUCACUCUGUGGAGGAUCGCGAAUUCCUUAAUCUUAUGGAAAAGGAAAUGAAAAUUAGUGCCUGUGGAAAUUGGACGGCGCCCCUUCCAUUUCGUAAGGACAGACCCCCCUUACCAAACAACAAACCAAUGGCAUUAAAGAGAGCAAUGAUUCUUGAUUCAAGCUUGAAGAAGAACGACAGAAAAUGUCAACACUUUGUUACAUUCAUGGACAAAGUAAUACAUAGCGGUGCAGCAGAGAUAGCCCCAGAGUUAAAGGAUGGGCAAGAGGUGUGGUAUCUUCCAUUGUUCGGAGUAUACCACCCUAAGAAAAAGGAUCAGAUACGUGGAGUCUUCGACUCUUCUGCAACAUUCCAAGGAGUGUCUCUUAACAGUGUUCUCCUCACAGGACCUAAUUUGACAAACAAUUUAGUGGGUGUUCUCCUUCGAUGUAGGAAAGACGCUGUGGCAGUAUCAGCAGAUAUUGAACAGAUGUUCUACUCAUUUCUCGUCAACGUCAACCACAGGGACUACUUGCGAUUUCUAUGGUAUAGAGAUAAUGAUCCUAACAAGGAACUUAUAGAAUAUUGCAUGUGUGCCCACGUGUUUGGGAACUCUCCGUCGCCAUCUGUAGCAACAUUUGGCUUACACAAGAGCACCAGAAAUUCUGAUGAAGACAUCACAGAAUUUGUGAAAAAUGACUUUUAUGUAGACGAUGCUUUAACGUCUUUACCAACUGCUUCACAAGCAGUCGAUUUGUUGAAAAGAACUCAGACUGUACUUAAGAACAACGGCAAUAUUAAGUUACACAAAAUUGCAUCAAACCACAAAGAUGUGAUGUCAGCUUUCUCCAAGGAAGACCUAAGCAAAGAAAUAAAACUGUUAGACUUAGAGAAGGAUUCGCUACCUAUACAUCAGAGCUUAGGUUUGUCAUGGGAUUUAUCUACUGACAGUUUUGUGUUUCAUGUGGAUUUUGCCAAGAAACCUAACACGAGACGUGGUUACUUAUCCAUGCUUCACAGCAUAUACGACCCUUUGGGUUUCACUGGACCUCUUGUGAUCCAAGGGAAGAUAAUUCUUCGCGAAAUUACAGCACUGUAUGACUGGGAUGAUGAGAUCGACCCCUCAUAUGUUUAUCGUUGGGAAUCAUGGAAGGAUUCUUUUACAUUGCUACAGCAAGUGACUGUCCCUCGCAUGUAUUUUACCAAAUCUUUGAGCCAGAGUGAGACAGUUGAGCUACAUGUGUUUUGCGAUGCGUCGGAACAGGCUGUCUCAGCAGUUUCCUACAUGAGACUUUCUACUGAGAUGGGAAUAGAAGUAACUUUUGUCUUCGGCAAAGUGAAAUUAGCGCCACUUCAUGGACAUACCAUGCCAGGACUUGAACUCUGUGCGGCCUUAUUAGCAGUAGAUGUAGCAGAAAUUCUCAACAUGCAUCUGAAUGUUAAAUUUACAACCACAAAACGUUUCUACAAUUACGUAGCCAAUCGUGUUGAGCGCAUUUUACGAGCAUCCAAUCCCUCUCAGUGGAAUUAUGUGAAAUCAACAGAGAACCCAGCAGAUCUAGGAACGCGAGGAUUGAACUCGGCUCAAAAUUUGUACCAGGAGUGGUUGAGAGGACCAGAAUUCCUUCAUCUCAACACGGUGACCAUCAAUGAAUCUUUUCCCCUCAUUAACCCAGAACAGGACGUCGAAAUUCGUGUCAGUGCUAAAAGGACAGUGAUUAAUGACUUUAAUCUUACCGGGAUUUUUGAAAACUUUUCCAGCUGGGAUUCUUUAGUGAGUGCACUUACGGUGCUAAAGACUUUCAUCAGAAAGAAAAAGCAAAUUGUGUCAGACCCUGUGACAGUCAGAAGAGACAGUGAAUCAGUCAUCAUCAAAGAAACUCAGAAAACCUUUUUCUUGGAUGACAUUUAUUGUUUACAGCAUAAGAAACCUCUACAACGAGACAGUUCUGUGCUUAAAUUGUGUCCUUACCUGAGUGAAGAUGGCAUUAUGAAGGUUGGCGGAAGAUUGAAUCUUAGCGUACUUUCUGAGGAACUGAAGAAUCCAAUCAUUAUUCCUAAGAAAUCUCAUGUAGCAAAAUUAAUUGUACAGCAUUUUCAUGAGAAAUCAGCUCAUCAGGGCAGACACAUCACAGAGGGUGCAAUUAGAAACAAAGGUUACUGGAUUAUUGGUGCAAAGAAAGUAAUUUCAUCAGUGAUUCAUAAGUGUGUUAUAUGCAGAAGAUUACGAGGGAAGUUUGAAAGUCAGAGGAUGGCCGAUUUACCACCGGACAGGAUUACUCCAGGACCUCCAUUCAGUGCAGUGGGAGUAGAUACAUUCGGACCCUGGACCAUCGUCACACGUAAAACACGUGGUGGACAAGCUGAAAGUAAACGUUGGGCCAUCAUGUUUACAUGUUUGACAACGAGAGCAAUCCAUAUUGAGUUAGUAGAGUCAAUGUCCAGCUCGUCUUUCAUCAAUGCAUUACGUAGAUUUAUUGCACUUCGUGGGAAUGUGUCUUUAUUUCGAUCAGACAGAGGUACUAACUUUAUUGGUGCUACAGAAGAUCUUGGGAUUGACGUGACAAAGGGACCAGUGAAGAACUUUCUUGAUAAGUCAAAGAUUGUGUGGACAUUCAAUGCUCCCCACUCUUCCCACAUGGGAGGAGUGUGGGAGAGAAUGAUUGGAUUAACGCGACGAGUAUUGGAUACACUACUCUUAGGACCCAAAGGAAAACAUCUCACGCACGAGGUACUUAGUACUUUGAUGGCCGAAGUGACAGCCAUAAUUAAUUCAAGACCGAUUACUACUAUAUCUAACGAUCCUGAGCUACCAUUUGUGUUGAGUCCAGCCAUGCUUCUGAAUCAGAAGAUAUCCGGUCACUUUUCUAUGUGUAUGGAUGUUGACAUACGUGACAUAUACAAAGAACAGUGGAAGCAAGUGCAAGUCCUAUCCGAUUUAUUCUGGCAACAGUGGAAAACCCAUUACCUUCAGAACUUACAAUCCCGUCGUAAGUGGACAUCUGAAAAAACGAACAUGAAGGUUGGAGACGUAGUGGUUGUCAAGGAUCGUGAGUCAGCUAGGUGUCAGUGA